AUGUCCAACACUGCGUCCGUUUUCAUUUCGCAGGAUCAAAAUUUAUUAAACGGUGGGGCUGCUUACGGCGCCGAUCGGUACGCGGCCACUGCGGCUGCUGUAGCUGCUGGAGCAGGGUCAAUGCUCCAUGGCAUUCCACCGAAACAUGCUCAACUCACCGGCGUCCAGCAACAAGAAUGGCAACAACCACGCUCGCCAAUUCCGCCGACAGCACAUGCAUCAGAUGCACAACAAAUCCCUCAUCAAGCUCAACAUCACUAUCCAAGUGGUUUACCUCCACAAUUCCUUCAAGGCCGACCACCUGGAUUUCCAUGUUAUCCACAUAACUAUCCUGGUGUACCUGCUGGGCAACCAGGUUAUCCUGGCAGUACUGCGCCAUCGGUUGGCUACGGCGUGCAUAUGAUGAGACCCCAACAACAAGAACUUGUACGAAUGCCCCAAGGACCAACGCCUGCAGAAUGGGCUGCUCAGCAACAGCGCGUUCAUAAGGAGGGCAAUCCUCCGACUCCAGCUAGUGUUCCGGCACCCAGUCCUGCUGCUUCUUCAAUAGCGGACGAGUCGGUAGACGACAAGUCACGCUUAGAGUCACCUUCAUGGGCUAAUCAGGGUCAACGUACUCCGCAUCCGAGUGGUCCACCUCCUCCAUCUGGAAUGAUUAUGCAUCCUGGUAUGAUACCUCCACAAGGAAUGAUGCCACCUGUCAUGCAAUCAGGUGGACCUCCUGGUCCUCGAAAAGAGAGCAUUGUUGACAAACUUGUCGGACCACCCACAGCAGCAAACCCGCCGCGCGUAAUGCCGGAACGGCGCAUGUUUUUUGAACGUCUUGUGCAGUUCUGUGAACAGCAUGGAGAACCAAUUACUAUGAUACCGCAGGUUAGCAAUGUACGACUAAGAACAAUGGUGAUGAAACUGCCUAGGGAAGUCUUUGCAAGGAGUAGAUAUUCCCAUUUUCACGACACGAAAUGUGGUUUGGCUACAUUGCAGGUUUCGAAGCAAAAUGUUGACUUGCAUCGUUUAUAUAUUGGUGUUCGAAAUCGAGGAGGAUUUGAGCAGGUUACUAAGGACAAAGCGUGGAAAGCGAUUUGCAGUGAAGCCAAUCCUGAGAUCUCACAGUCUUCCGCUGCGGGAUACCAACUUCGAAAGCAUUACGAGAAGCAUUUGUUGUUGCUCGAAUGUGUCGAGACAGGUCGUCGACCAGAAGAUGCAGUAGCCUUUGCGGAUGGACUUAAGAGACAACGAAGGAAGGAACCUGCCACAAGUGCUGUUGGAACUCCAAGCAGUGCAUUGACCCCGUUCCCAGGUGACUGGCAGACACGCAGUGAGGUUUUUGCCCACCGACUGUUGGUGAUUGGCUGGAUCAACAUUUCAUUUCCGAAGAGAGCUGACGCUUUCGGCGGCGGCGGUAGCUAUCCGACCGCCUCCUGCUUACUGCCGUCGACUAGUUUCGAUCCAUCUACUCAGCCACAAGCAUCAGCAACAACAAUGGGUGCUCGCACAGCUAUGGCCACAGCGACGUGGUAUCCUCAACGUCCUCAGCAUGGAAGCGGUUAUCUAUCGGUUCCGGUGCCACGAGUGCGACCCAUAACAAACGGUUCCUGUCCGUCAGCUGUGUCGUCGUCGCAGGAGCACCUCUAUGCUCAGCCAUCAUCUGCGUGCUACCGUAGAGCGCAAGAGAGUCUUAUGAAAACGUCACUGAACCCAUCACAUUACGCCCAUUAUGCCUUAAACUACUAUCACCAAAAUAAGUUAAUCCAAGAGCGCGAACACGAAACUUCAUACUAUCGUAGUCGUCACAUGAUGUCAUUUCUGCAACCAUCCGACUGGCGAAUCACAUACGCGUCGGCACAUGCUCAACCUCAACCUAAUCAAGACCCGUCAUUAUAUUAUCAACAGCAGCAGCAACAGCAAGCAGCGCAUGGCUUCCCACCUGGUGCUGCUCCACCAGUACCUCCUGGCGCACCCGUUGGCUAUCCGCCUGGAGCGUAUCCUCCUCGACCGCCUCCUGGAGUUACUCCUAUGCGUGCACCACAUCCGCAACCGCACAUGGUGAGUGCACCGCAGCCGGAUCUUUCGCAAAUGGAUGAGCAACAACGGCACCAUUACUUCAUGCAGCAGCAAUAUCACCAUCAACAAAUGGUGCAUCAGCAACAACAACAGCAUCAACAUCAUCAACAGCAACAACAACAACAACAACAACAACAACAACAGCAACAGCAACACCAUCAACAGCAGCAACAACAGCACCACCAACUGCAGCAACAACAACAGCAUCACCACCAACAGCAAGUACUUUUGCAGCAGUCACAGCAGCAACAACAACAGCAACCACAGCAGCAGUCACAACAGCAGUCACAGCAACAACAACAGAAUCUGCACAUGCCUGGUCAAGUUGUUCAGCCAACAACUCCAGUACGUCCGGGUUCUGACCAGUCAGCUACACCUGUAACUGUACAGAUGGAUACACCGAGUCAGUCCGGUAGUCGUGCUCCCAGCACCGGCCCUGUUCCUAGUGUUACAUCACCAGAUAGCAGCUCUCGUAUGAGUGCAGGAGCAGAAACUAGCAGCGACAUGCAGCGACCUGGAUCGGCUGCAGUUGUAACUACUGCUCCCACUCCGACAACAGCACCUCACCCAAUUCCUCAACCUUCCACGAGCAUGGCUGUUGUUGGGCCUCCAGGGCAGCCAUCUGGUUCCUCUCAACCGCCAGGGACGCCGUUCUAUGGCCAGCCUGCACCGAUGUAUCCAAAUGGUCCGGGUCGGGUGCCAGCUGGAUACCCUGGAAGCUAUCCUUACCACCCUCCUCACGCCAGUAUGCCGCCUGGUCAUCCAGUGACACCAUCUCAGCAACCACCACCUCAGUUUGCCCCCGGGGCACAUCCGGCUGCUCAUCCUGCACAUCCUCAACAUCAGCAAUACAUACAACAGCAACAGAUGUGGAGAAGUGCUUAUCCUGCACCAGGACCUGGACAGCUGGCUCCACAAGCGCCCAGGUAUGCAUAUCCUUCACGACUAUCCGCACCGCAAGGGACUUCGAGCCAACAAAGUGCACCAUCACCAGGAGCCAACAAAAUGAGGGCAAGUUUUCGUUACUCAUGGUUAAAAUAUGCUCCGCAACCACCACCAUCACAACCAAUUGCACCUUUACAACAACAGCAGCAACAAUACCCUCCAAGACCUCAAAUAGGAGGCUCUUAUCCAUCUGUUACCCACAGUGCUCCUACGACGGCUUCAAUAGUUAUUCCAUCUAUUCCGUACUCUCAUCAACAUCAUUUUCCGAACGGCAGUGUUGAAGCAACAGUAAUUAGCCAGAAGCGACGACGCAAGAUCAUGGCUAGGGAAUUGAUUAAUGCUACUCCACGGCGGUUGAUUAUGGCACUUCGUAGUGGUCUGGAAACCGAAGCAAUCUGGGCAAUCAACGCUUUGAAUGUGCUUUUGUACGAUGAUACCAAUCCACAUCCUUGCCUUACCCAAAUGCCUGGUCUUUUAAAUGUGAUCAUCGAGCACUUCUGGGCGACUUUGUCCGUCCUUUAUCCUGAAACAUUCCCGCUAGAUGAGCCAUCUGUUCUUCACGUUCCGGAAUACAAGUAUGAUGUGAUACGUUUGCCUUUUUUGACGAACGGCAACGCUCACGAAGAAGUGAAACAGCCUGUAUCAACAAGAAAUCCUGAGAAGAAAAAGAAUUAUAACAAAUGCUCACGAACGGGACGAAAAAUAAAAGUGCUGGAGAUGGAGAUGCCGGAGCAAUUGAAAAGAAAAUUGAUGUUGGAAGAAGGCCCAAGUACACUGCCCGUUGAUGAUACGCUUACUUCUGCUUACGUUGAAGAAAAAGUAAAGCUGGGUCUUGGUGGUGGAUUAGCAGAACGUGUGGCAUUUCGACUUCAAGCGGAAUGGCGGGCGUCUGGAGCAGAGAACCAAGCGGGAUGUUGUAAAUGUGCUGGGGACCGUGAGGCCUGUAACAAUGUGUUGGAGGAAAACAGUCCGCCAAAGAUUAAGCAAGAGAUGAAUGAUGACGGUGAAAAGGUACCCGAGAUCCUCUUACUACGUCGAGAUCGUUCGAACGAUACAUCUGGUGAAUCAAACGUGUACGAAAUACGUUGGCCGCGUUCAACAGCGCUGGCUUGUCACGAUGGGACACUGCAACGAUUUGCUCAACGUGCACUGGCUUUGUCGAACAUCCUGCGUGGUUUCUCGUUUUUACCUGGUUGUGAGCAGUUAUUAUGUGGUCACAAUGGUUUGCUGUUCCUUCUUGGACGAUUCCUUCAACUUAUGGUCACCGAAGUUCCUGUGCAACGAGCAAAACCUGCCUUGAAAAUAGAAGAGGAUGCGCCUUUACCGGAGCCAGAAUCGUACGAUGCAUUGAAGAAGCGUGCGCUGUCUUUGCUUGAUUCUGACGAUGCUAGAGAGGUUUUGUUAGUCGAAACAGCCAAUCAACUGCGUGACGACGCAUUUGUUAUGUUGUCUCAUAUGAGUGUUGCGCUGGAUCUAUAUGACGUUCCCGAUCGGUUAUCCUAUCCAAUUUAUGACGGGAUGCUCCACUGGUGUUCCACUAGCGUUCCUGAAGCGACAGAUCCAAUACCUCCGGCGGCAGUAUCUCCUCGAAAUUACUCUUUGGAAAUAAUGUGCAAAAUGUCGGUCAUGGAGCGCAAUGUGGAUAUGCUAGUAUCCACUGGAUCCUGGCAGCGGAUAGAGAAAAUCGUUCAUAUGUUAGCAAAGAUGUUAAGUAUGAGCGAAGAAACGCACAAUCGAGAAUUUGCCAUAGUCAUUCUGAAUGCUCUGUGCAACGCGUCGGAGGCAGUUUGUUAUGUUGCUGCGGUACAGUCGCCAGCAAUUGCUAACUUGGUAUCGUUUAUUGAGGCAUCUGAUCAGAACAUGCAUCAAGUUAUGCAAACGCAUGGAAUGCCUGCGUUGCGCGACAAUCCGGAGAUGAUGGGCACGUCUGUAGGCAUGUUGCGACGAGCUGCUGCAAUGCUACGCCUUCUUGUCAGAGUCCCUAAUGCGUACCAUGUUUUCGCGAAAUUUCAGCAACGGUUACUUCAGUUCACAAUGAGUCAAUUGAUGGAUUCCCGAGUUGCUGGUAUGAUUGCGGAUGCCCUGUUCGAAAUUCAGUUGUUGCCCGCUAAAGAGGAAGCAGUGGAUGUAGACACAAAUGACGACAACUGUAAACAUAAUGGAGAACCAUCUGAAGUUGUCAAAUGCGAGAAUACACCUGACGACUCGGCUUCUUCUGCUUCAACCGACAUUGCUUCAGAGAAUGUUAUUGCUGACGAUAGUUCACCUGUAGCCAUUAACGGCGACUCCACUGCUUUAACAACGAAAAAAGCCGCAUUCAAGCGUUCAGGAACUCAUGACGAUUGUAUCACUAAGACGCCACCAUCAAAACGUGCCUGUGUCGAGAACGGGUAUGAUAGGAAAAAUGGGAAGCUGGACAGCAGCCCACUGAAGCUGAAAGAAACACGGGCAGAGAACGGAUCGAUGACCGCUGUUGCUUGA